UAGAGUGUAGUGCUCUAGAAUGAUAUUCUAAGAUUUGUUUAUCUUUAGCUUUUAACUGUUUGAGUGCUUUUGAAAUGUAUGAUAUGACCUAUUUAAAAAAAAUUUUUUUUAUGAACUCGAGAACAAACUCUGUGUCCAAUAUGAAUUCUAAAAAUUUAAUUUUUUUCCAGCUGGUCAUAAUGGCAGGGGAAGAAAUUAAUGAAGACUAUCCAGUAGAAAUUCAUGAGUAUUUAUCAACAUUUGAGAAUUCCAUUGGUGCUGUGGAUGAGAUGUUGAAGACCAUGAUGUCUGUUUCUAGAAAUGAGUUGCUGCAGAAGUUGGACCCACUUGAGCAAGCGAAAGUGGACUUGGUUUCUGCAUACACAUUAAAUUCAAUGUUUUGGGUUUAUUUGGCAACUCAAGGAGUUAAUCCUAAGGAACAUCCAGUGAAGCAGGAGCUGGAGAGAAUCAGAGUAUAUAUGAACAGAGUCAAGGAAAUAACAGACAAGAAAAAGGCUGGCAAGCUGGACAGAGGUGCAGCUUCAAGAUUUGUAAAAAAUGCCCUUUGGGAACCAAGACCUAAAAACGCAUCAAAAGUUGCCAAUAAAGGAAAAAGUAAAAACUAACUUUUUGGUUCUGAUGUACAUAUAUUAGAAAAGUUUAUCUUCUUUUUAUGUGUUUUCACAAAAUAGAUAAUUAUGUGGCAAUGCAAGGUUUAAAUGUAUUCCUUAUUGAAUUCAUGUGCAAAUUUACAGUUUAAAUUUGUAAUGUUAGACACUUUUUUCCUUCAGAAAAAUGAAGUUAUCUGUAUUGAUUUUCCUAUAGAGGACUAUGAGAUUUUAAACAUUAUGAUAUAUUUUAUAUUUAUAGCUUACUGUCUCUUUUGAUGAGACUUCCUUUAUAGAUCAGUUUUACAAAUGCCAUUUUAUAAGUAAUUGUGAAAUAUAAGUUAAAUGCUUUUUGUAAACAUUUGUACUAUUUUGAAUGAAUAAUGACCUUAUGAAGGAUGCUAUCUGUAGGCUAAAGUUUUAAGUGCAUCUGUUUUCACUAUAUGAUAUUAAGAAAGAAUGAAAUGACUUAAACGUCCAAUUUUUUUUUGUGUGUGUGUGUGGUUAUCAUGUUUUCAUGAUUUUCGGAAUUACUGCUUUUUUGGUAUUCAAAGUGUGAAAUUAAAACUUUACAGUUGUACUUUAAUUCUUGGCAGGUUGCCUCUCUGUCCCACUUAAAAUAAAAUACAUUCUCAUUAACUUUAGAGGAAGUAAGGUUGUAUGUUGAAGAUGAAUUUUGGCAUACUCUCAAUAAAGGCUGUAAGUGUUAUGUAGCUGAUCUGUGUAUUUUUAUCUUUUAAGUAAAUUUGCCUUCCAAAUUAGGAAGAUAGGUUUUAGAAGUCAUCACAAAUAGAGAAAUUUAUGAGUUUUUGUUUCUGAUGAAUAGUGUCUACAGUACUUUUUGUCUUUUUCAGAUUUUUAAAAUUACAUGUUUUUAAGGCUGUAUCAAGUACGUACAAGUGUUUUGGAACAACUUCUUAUGUUACAUAAUGUCACUUAAGCAGAGGAGAAAUCCAAAGGAGAUUACAUUGUGUUUACGCUCUGAUUUAUUUUUCUGGAAUAUUUGUUACAAAGACUUCUACCUAUUAACCUUUAAAAAAUGUCUAAGCCCAUGAAUUUUAAUUAUAUGCCCUUAAUGCUUUCAGUGUUGAAUCCACAUCAUUAUAUAUAGGAAUGCCAAGUAUAGUAAAGUACUUUAAUUUUUGAAACAGGAGUUGUUAAAAUUUUCCGUGUGAUUAAUUUUCCAUAAGUAACCCUGAAUAAGUGGAUUUCUUGAUUUAUGAUAGCAGAUAUUGGAAAUGAUCUUAAAAUGUAAUGGAUUUUAUAAAGCAUGUUGAACUCUUCCUAUGACACAUGAAGAGAAGUCACUGGUAGAUAUAGGAAUUCUUUUCUAGCUUUGAUGUCAGAUAGUUUUUGAAGUAGAAGAACAUUUAUGAACAUUUACAGUUAUUUCACUCCUUUUCCCACCUUUAUCCUAAAAUUUCUAGCUAUUUUUAAAAGUAACUUCUUCAUGAGAGAAGUGUUGUUAUUUAAUAAGACCUAGUGUACAUGUCUUUGCAUUAUUUAUUGCAAAGAAACAUAACUUGCAUUUCUGUAUGUUUUCUAAUUUCUUAAAGAAAAAAACUUAAAUUAAAAAUGUUAUACAGUUGCAGAAAAUCAUUAGCCAGAUUGUUGGUUUAUGAAAGCCCAACUCUACAUUCUAUUAAAUUGGAGAUUCUUAAGUGAAUAAUUCUUUCAGUGGUUAUUAGUAGAAAUAAAAAUUUUUUUGCAUAUAUUCCAUUUUAUUAUGUAUAAUCUUAAAUAUUUAUUACUUAGCACAUAAUAAAAAGCUGAAUGGUA